UAUCUGGCCUGCUGAUUGGACAUAAUCGCCCCGAAUCGUCUGCUGUCAACGUCUGUGACACUGAGCCUUGUGUUGAUCCCCACAUCGCUCGCUCUCCAGUUGCAUUCGAAUCGAGUAAUCGACUGACAUCGGAAGAAGUUGCGGGGGAAUCGAUGGAGUCGACGGCGACGGCGCCCGCCCGCUGCGAGAUCGAGCGCCUGCCGGAUGACCUCCUGUCGGCGACGCUCGUGCGGACCGGGCCGCGGGACUCCUGCCGCGCCACUGCGGUCUCGCCUGACUUUCGUGCCGCGGCCGACUCCGACGCCGUCUGGUCCAGCCUCCUGCCGCGCGACCUGCCACCGCUCGCCGUCGGGGAGCUCCCCGCCGAUCCGCUGCUCACCAAGAAGCAGCUCUUCAUGCGACUCUCCGACCCCGGCAGACCCGUCCUCCUCGCCGACCGCUUCACGAGCAUGUGGCUGGACAGGGCGACCGGUGCCAAGUGCUACAUGCUGUCGGCCAGGAAGCUCGGAAUUGCUUGGGGCGAUACGCCGCAGUACUGGCGCUGGAUCCCCAUCAACCUCUACAGAAUCUCUGAAGCUGCUGAACUCCGGCAUGUCUGGUGGCUGGAAAUACGCGGCGAGAUCGACAGCAAGAUGCUCUCCCGGCACACAACAUAUAGCGCUUACAUCGUGUUCAGUCUAGCUCAGAGGCGCCUUGGGCUUCAUUACACAUGCAAGGAGGCGUCCGUCAGCCUCGGAGGAGGAAGCAGCAGGUCGAGGCGUCACGUCUGCCUCGACGAAGGCCACGACAGCGCGGAUACAUGGCCGUCGUUGCGAGGUAACCUUCCUGAGGACACACACUUCCCUCGAGUGAGAGGUGAUCACUGGAUGGAGGUGGAGCUGGGCGUGUUCUGCAUCGGUGAAGACAACGACGACGGUGAGGUUUCCGUCAGCCUUAUAGAGACGUCAGUCAUUAAGAGUGGCCUUGUUGUCCUGGGCAUUGAGAUUAGACCCAAGGAACAAGGGGUCUGAUUGAUGACAACUUUGUUUGUGAGCAUCUCCAACAACUUGGUAAAAUUCACUUGUCAAAUCUUGAGUUAUAGCAAGUUGCGAAUUUGUUUAGCAAAAGAAAAAAGGAUGUGUCUCCAAUAAGUUACUAUUCUCACUUGGUAAAAAUAGAGGAUGACAGAUGAGACCCGCUCAUUUGGUAAAAAAAUAUAUGUCUCCAACAAGUUGCGCUCGGGAUAUCAACUUGGGAUAGCAACUUGACAAAUCUCGGCAGUAGAAACCUCUGGAUAGCAACUUAGGAAAUUUAGCAAGUUGAGAUAAGAAGUUGUUGGAGGAAAAAUUUUAUGCUUUUAGCAAAUUUGGUAGGACAGUAUGUUGAAAUACAAAGUUGUUGGAGAUGCUCUAAAUAAUAGAUUUAGAACUCAGCUAUGUAAUGUCGUUAUUGUU